UCAAAAACCUCAACUCCCGGUCCUCGAAAUGCUCCACCUCCGCCCCUCCUCCUGCUCCUUCCCUCCCACCGCCCAAUUCCUCCUCCUCCCCAGACAAUCCGGCAGCCGCUUCCUCCUCGCCAUGACCGACGCCGCCGGGAGCUCGACCUCGCUCUGUCCCCCGCGCUGCGCAGUGGCCGUGCCUUCCCUGGGCGCGGAAGAGACCACCGCGGCGGUCGACGAGGCCUUCCGGCGGCACACCUCGCCGGGACUGCGUCUUGGAGGCAGCGGCGUGGCCGUGGUGUGGUUCAGGAACGACCUCCGGGUGCUGGACAACGAGGCGCUGGCGCGCGCGUGGGCGGCCUCCGAGGCCGUCCUCCCCGUGUACUGCGUCGACCCCCGGGUCCUCGGCGGCGCCACCCACCGCUUCGGGUUCCCCAAGACCGGAGCGUUGAGGGCUCAGUUCCUGAUUGAGUGCUUGGGGGACCUGAAGCGGAAUCUGCAGAAGCGGGGCCUCGACCUGCUCAUCCGGCACGGCAAGCCUGAAGACGUCCUCCCUUCUAUUGUGAAGACCGUCAGCGCACACACGGUCUACGCUCACAAGGAAACAUGCAGCGAGGAACUCCUCGUCGAACGACUCGUGCGCAGAGGCUUGGAUCAGGUGGCUAUCCCUCAAGUUGGAACAUCUUCUGACCAGAAUAAACCUCUGAACCCCAAGCUUCAGCUCAUCUGGGGAGCGACAAUGUACCACAUCGAUGAUCUUCCGUUCCCCGUGAGCAACUUGCCUGAUGUAUACACGCAGUUUAGAAAGGCAGUCGAGUCGAAGUCUUCCGUUCGGAGCUGCAGCAAGUUGCCACCUUCGUUCGGGCCGGCCCCUAGUUCCGGCCUAGGUGAGAUUGGAGGGUGGGGGUCAGUACCUACACUGGAGUCACUUGGUCUAGGUGUUACAAAGCCAGAGAAGGGGAUGCAUUUCAUAGGAGGAGAGAGUGCAGCUCUGGGAAGGGUUCAUGAAUACUUCUGGAAGAAUGAUCAGCUGAAAGUCUACAAAGAGACUAGGAAUGGCAUGCUUGGUCCAGACUACUCCACCAAGUUCUCUCCUUGGCUUGCUUCGGGCAGCCUUUCACCACGCUACGUUUGCGAAGAGGUGAAGAGAUAUGAGAAGCAGAGAGUGGCAAAUGAUUCCACAUACUGGGUAUUAUUUGAGCUGAUGUGGAGAGAUUACUUCAGAUUUCUUUCAGAGAAAUAUGGGAACUCCAUUUUCCACUUAGGAGGUCCAAGGAAAGUGGUUUCCAAGUGGAGUCAAGAUCAGACACUAUUUGAAUCUUGGAGAGAUGGUCGGACUGGGUACCCGCUUAUUGAUGCCAACAUGAAGGAGCUUUUAGCUACUGGUUUCAUGUCCAACCGUGGCCGUCAGAUUGUCUGCUCAUUUUUGGUCCGGGACAUGGGUAUCGACUGGCGAAUGGGAGCUGAAUGGUUCGAAACAUGCCUACUGGAUUAUGACCCAGCUUCAAAUUAUGGCAAUUGGACAUAUGGAGCAGGAGUUGGCAAUGAUCCACGCGAAGACAGAUACUUCAGUAUCCCCAAGCAAGCCAAGACAUAUGAUCCUGACGGCGAGUAUGUCGCCUACUGGCUACCGGAGCUCCGGUCACUUGCAAGGGAAAAGAGGAACUUCCCUGGUGCCUCGUAUAUCAAGCAGAUCGUCCCGCUGAAGUUUGAUGGUGGGAAUCAGAAAAGAGAUCAGCGGUUCAACAGGCAGACAAGGCCGAAGAAUGUUUACAGAAGACAGAAAUAAUGCAGUUGUAUGUGUUGAUAAUGUAUGCCAUCGAUCAAGUGUUAGUACGAGUUGGAGCAGAUGUGACAUGAGUUGGUUUGAGUGUAAAUGAAACCUGAGGUUUUGCGAGGCUUUUGCAAGAUGUUCCGGUGAUA